CGCCCGGGUGAUCUCAGCACAUGCGCCGCUAUGUUUUGAAAACCCGGGCAGCCUAAAAGCCUCUCUGUUUUGCUUUACAUGCGCACACAUUUCCAUACAUUGUCUUCAAGAUGCAUCUUGUAUAAGGGAAAGUUAAAACAUGCCAAAGUCUCUGAAGAAGUCCUGCACCAGUCAGACCUCCAUUAGCAGAUACUUCGGAGGUCGGAGCAGCAGCGGUGUCUCCGACUCUCAGUGUGGGAUUAACAAGAUUCGUGCUGAGCACCAGCUUUCAAGAGGCAAGAAGAAACUUUCCCAUGAUGUUGAUUUUGGAUUGCCAACGAAACGAGCCAAACUUUCUGUACAAGGCCAGCAGGUGGAGGAUUCAGACUGUGAGCCAGCAUCCUGUCAGAGCACUAAAAAGACGACGCUGACAUCAAGCCGAGGACCAGCCGGCCUCUGUUUCUCCACCUUGGAGAAGCUGAAAGGCUUCACCUGCUCUGCUGAGCCCAGUGAUGGUGCUACCAGUAAAAUCUGUGACAGAGGAAGCAGCAUCUGGCCUCCUCUGGACGUUACAGAUCAUCUCAGCAAUAAAAACAGACUUCCACAGCCAGAAGAGGAGCAUGAGGAUGAAGAGGAGGUUAAAGAAAAGGGGAGUUCAGGGCUGGCUGCUCUAAAACAGGGGUUUCGCUUGUCUCAGUUUGCCAAGUCAGGAAGGGAAGGAAAGGGUGCAGAGCUGAGUCCUCCGUCAGACUCGAGCGUCCCCUCCAAACGCUCAAAGAACGUGUACACUCCCCUGGAACAGCAGGUCAUCCAGCUGAAACAGCAGCACAAGGAUGCGUUGUUGGCUGUGGAGUGUGGAUACAAGUACAGGUUCUUUGGAGAGGAUGCAGAGAUUGCUGCAAAGGAGCUGAAUAUCGUCUGUAGCCUGGAUCAUAACUUCAUGACGUGCAGCAUCCCCACACACCGUCUGUUUGUUCACGUCAGACGGUUGGUGUCCCACGGACACAAGGUUGGGGUAGUUAAGCAGACGGAGACGUCUGCCAUCAAGGCCUCAGGGGCCAAUAGGAACGCUCUGUUCGCUCGUCAGCUGAGUGCUCUGUACACCAAGUCCACGCUGGUGGGAGAGGACGUGAACCCGGUCUGCAGACUGGGGGAUGUGGAGGAGGGGGGCAGGGUGUUGGACCCCCCUGACUGCUUCCUGCUGUGUAUCAGUGAGAGCUGGGACAAACUGAAGAAGCAGCUCACUGUGGGGCUGGUGGCGGUCCAGCCCAGCACAGGAGACGUGUUACUCGACUGUUUUCCUGAUGGUCAGUCUCGGUCUGAGCUGGAGGGUCGUGUCUUAAAGAUCAACCCUGUGGAGAUCCUGGUGCCCUCUGACCUCUCAGAACAAACCCACAGACUCCUGCAGAGCAUCGCUAAUGCCAGCGCUCAGGCUGAUGACCGAGUGAGAGUUGAGACGAGGGACAGCGCUCAGUUUGAGUUUGCCUCUGCAAUGAACACAGCCACCGAGUUCUACUGCCACUCCCAGGAGAAAGGCUCUCGCUCACUGUCGAGCGUAGCAUCCUUGGAGAGCCCAGUGAUCUGCUGUCUAGGGCCACUCAUCCAGUACCUCCAAGAAUUCAACUUAGAAAGAGUUCUUAGGAGUGAAAGCUCAUUCCGGCCUCUGUCCCGUGAGUCGGACGGUAUGAUCCUCAGUGCCGCCACCCUCAGGAACCUGGAGAUCCUCAACAAUCAGACAGAUGGUGGGGUGAAGGGCAGUCUGUUGUGGGUGUUGGACCACACUCGCACUCCGUUUGGGAAGAGACUGAUGAGGAAGUGGGUGAGCCAGCCCCUCACAGACCCGCAGUCUCUCUCAGAGAGGCAGGAUGCUGUGCAGGAGAUCCUGCUGUCGCACUCUCUCACUUUAAAUUCUAUCAAAUCCCUGCUGUCACAUUUGCCCGACCUGGAAAGAGGCAUCUGCAGCAUAUACCACAAAAAGUCUUCCACGCAGGAGUUUUACCUCAUUAGCAGUGGUCUUUCUCGCCUGGGGCUUGAACUGCAGGCCUUGCUCCCAGCUAUCCAGUCACAGAUCAGCUCUGCGCUUCUCCGCGGCCUCUUGCUGGACACUCCUGACCUGCUGGCUCCAGCACACAGCCACCUCAAGGUGCUUGAUGAAAAGGCUGCCAAGUUGGGAAAUAAGACAGAACUGUUCUCAGAUCUGUCCGGCUUCCCGGUGCUGCAGGAAAGAAGGGAGCAGAUCCAGACUGUCAUCAACGAGAUUCAAGACCACCGCAAAGAAAUCCGGCUGAUGCUGAAGGUCCCAGCAUUCGACUACAAGACUGUCUCUGGACAGGAGUUUCUCAUUGAGGUGAAGAACUCGCUGUCGUCCACUGUUCCACCUGACUGGGUCAAAAUCAGCAGCACCAAGGCAGUCGGCAGGUAUCACUCUCCUUUCCUGGUGGAGCACUACAAGAAGCUGCUGCAACUCCGAGAGCAGCUGCUGUUGGACUGCCAGAAGGAGUGGACCAAUUUUCUCGAUCAGUUUGGGGAGCACUAUCACACCAUGAAAAGAGCUAUUAGUCACCUAGCAACCAUGGAUUGUCUCUUUUCAUUGGCCGAGGUGGCUAAACAAGGGGACUAUUGCAGGCCAGAGAUGUGUGAAGGUCAGCGUCGGAUUAUGAUCAGGGACGGUCGACAUCCUGUCAUCGACUUACUGAUGGGAGAGCACAACCAGUAUGUGCCCAACCUUACCGAACUACAGGGUGAUGGCAGGAGAACGAUGAUAAUCACUGGUCCUAAUAUGGGGGGUAAGAGCUCUUACAUCCGCCAGGUGGCCCUGAUCUGUGUUAUGGCUCAGAUGGGCUCCUACGUCCCUGCCUCUGAGGCCCGCCUGGGCAUGCUGGACGGCAUUUACACCAGGAUGGGGGCUUCAGACAACAUCUACAAAGGGCGCAGUACGUUCAUGGAAGAGCUGACUGAAGCCUCGGAGAUCAUGUCACGCGCAACCGACCGUUCAUUGAUCAUCCUUGAUGAACUGGGACGGGGCACGAGCACCCAUGAUGGGAUUGCCAUCGCCUAUGCCACCCUGGAGUACUUCAUCAGAGAUGUAAAAUCCCUCACCCUGUUUGUGACCCAUUACCCUCCUCUGUGUGAGUUGGAGCGGGUAUAUCCUGAACAUGUGUCUAACUUCCACAUGGCUUUCCUACUCAAUGAACCUGACAUUGCCACUGACACUGACGACGGAGAGGUUCAGCCAGAGUUCAUCACCUUCCUCUACCAGUUAACUGAAGGCGCUGCAGGGCGGAGCUACGGCCUGAAUGUGGCCCGAUUGGCUGACAUCCCAGACCCUAUAUUACGCACUGCUGCACGCAAAGCCCGAGAGCUGGAGAGUGUGGUCGACGCCAGGAGGAAGAAUAAUAAACAUCUUUUAGAUCUUUUGAGCAUCUCGGACAGGUCAUCCCUCAUGGAGUGGCUGCAGUCGGACUCUUGACAUCACUGCAACACCAUGAGAACACACACAUGGAGGAGAACCUAACUAUCAGUGUAUAAGCAUGCUCAAAGAAGAGUAUACAAAGAAGUUAAGAAGCAAAAACUUGUUUCAGAAGUGGUACAGCACUGAGUAGAGUGGCUUUUGCUGCUCUCUUUGUGUGUGCAUGUGCGUGCAUGUGUGCUUGCGUGCCACAGUUUUCCAGUUAUCACCAUCAUCUGUACUGUAACUGUCAAAAUAUCAAUUAAUACCAAAUUAUCAAGAUUUUACUUACCAAACUAUAUGUGAAAUUAGUGUGAUUAAAUAAAUAAAAAAAGACAAAUUUG